ACAUUUGUAUUAAGAAAAAAAGCUUUCAAAGGGUAUGUCACAAGUUAUAGAGCAUUUAUCUCUAAUUAUACAUAUCCUAGUAUUAUAUUUGAAAAUAUUAGACAUACUAUUUAUAAUAUUGUGACUAAUAAUGAUUUAAUUUCGAGAAUGAAAAUUUUAUUAAAUCUAAAGAUAAAAUUUAUAAAAUAUUCAGAAAAUGAAACUAUUACGUAUCAGGAUGUGUUUUUCUCCAGUCGAGUAGAACAUAUUUUAUCUCGGUAUAUGAUCGAUGAAAGGUUAACAAAUGCUUUUGAUACAAUUUUAAACUUCAUUGAUCAGUUUAUAAAAAACGGAUCAGGGUGGAUAAUUAAGGAAAUUAUAUUUUUAGAUAUUCAUUUAGGAAUUUAUAAGGCUGAGAGUGGUGGAUGUGGUAAUAUCAUCCUACCAAAACAUUUAAUUAAUAAGCGUUGUUUGUUGAAUAUUAAAUGUAGUGAUAAUCAAUGUUUUUUAUACUGCGUAAUUGCUAGUUUGUAUCCAAAUACUAACAACAAAAAUUCGAUUUAUUCGUACAGGAAAUUUUUGAAAUAUUUAAAUACAAAUACCCUAAAAUUUCCAGUAAAUAUUAAAAAUAUUCCAUCAUUUGAAAAAAAUAAUAGUUUAAAAAUUCAAGUAUUUGGAUAUGAAAAAAAAAUAAUUUAUCCUAUUUAUAUAAGUAAAUAUCAGUUCGAAAAAGAAAUUAAUUUGUUAUUAUAUAAAUCCCAUUAUUUUCUAAUUAGAAAUUUUAACAGACUAUUGUCAGAAAAAUCAGGAAUACGAAAAUUUUGUAAACGAUGUCUUAUAGGCUUUCAAAGAAGCCAUACUUUAAAUGAGCAUGUGAAAAUAUGUUCUAAUUAUAAAUAUCAGAAAGUUUCUACCCCGACUGGAGAAAGAGCGGUUGCUAAAUUUACUAAUUACGAGAAGCAAUUAUAUCACCCCAUAGUAAUUUAUGCUGAUUUUGAAUCGAUUCUAGAAGAAGUUGAUGUAAACGCUGUAGAUCUAAAUUCUAGUUUCACUAAAACUAUUCAGAUUCAUAAACCUAUAUGUUAUUCUAUCAUAAAAUAA